UCUGGAAGGACUGGAACUCAUUAGCGUAAUUAGUUGUGUCAACUUGUGGCUUUUUUUUUCCUUUCAGUAAAUUCCCGUUGCAGACAUGUGUCACAUAAUUGACAUACAGAACAUUCCAGGGCUGCGUCAAGCCAGCGUAUAUAAGGAUGGCUCUUAGAGGUCCUCAGCAUCAGGCAUCAUCACCACCACCAAGAUGGCAUUUUCUCUCCGUGUGUUGUUCCUCCUUUGCGGGAUCGGUGGAGCUUUGACCGCAGUUGUGCCUGCGCCCAAAAAGGAAGUUUGCUGUCCUACUGGCUGGACUCAGAAGGAUGAACAUUGUUACAUCUACAAAGCAGAGAAAAGGACUUUUUCAGAUGCAGAGAGGAUCUGUAACCUGAUUGGUGGGAAUCUGGGCUCAAUCCGCACCCCCGUAGAAAAUGCGGUCGUUUUUCAACUGGUUAAGAAAGGUGGUGGGGAUGAAGCCUGGAUUGGACUCCAUGAUGCCCUUAAGUCCGAAAACUACCUUUGGACUGAUGGCACCCCCUUUGUCUAUGAGAACUUUGCCACUGGGGCAGCUUCUGGCAGUGACAAGUGUGUGGUGAUUGAAACCGCUAAUGAUGGGCAAUGGAAAGGAGAGCCAUGUGGUGACGACGAGCCAUACGUUUGCAUCAGAGAGGCGCUCUGUAAAUAAUCGCUAAUCAUAACUUGUAUCCUCAUAUCUUCUAUAACUGUCCUUUACUCGUCACAAUGACUGUAAAGAGACAGUGGUAAUCU